CAAGCUGAUCAAAAAGUUCAAGGUGUGUGGCCGUAGACGGAUCAAGUCAUUAAGCAUGCGGGCAAAUAUGUGGGAUGGUUUCACAUCAACGGCACGAUCAUCAUCAUCAUCAUUUACCAUCCCCACUUUUGUGGUGAAAACACAAAGAGAAAGCGGCAACAAAGGAGCAGCGGCAAACAUCUGUCCAUCGCUACCUAUGAUGGCCACAUGGAGCAAGAUACUUCAGCGACAAAAACUGCAACAAUGCAUACGACACCAACGUCAAGUCAAGGAGAUGAAAACAAUCCUCAUCUAUCUCGGUUUACGACGAGGAGACUUGUGGAGACAGCAGCAUGGCGACAAAAAGACGACAUUGGCAUUGUCAGCUUUCAAUAUGGGGACAACAUCGGGCAAUGGACGGCUAUUCAAAUGCCUCUUCAUCAUUUCUAUCAGACGGCACCAAAGCAGAAAGACUGGCGACUUCUAUUAUGGUGGCAACACGAUCCAAGCUGCACCACGGGAAGAAUUGGCGACAAGAUACGAGGAGACAUAUUUAUUAACAACAUCUCAAACGCCCAUUUAG